AUGACAUUCCAAACAGAAGGAUUCAGGGACUGGAAAAAUGCUGUCGGUGAAAAACGGGGAAUAAUCUCGAACCACGAAAAGACACCAGGACAUAUGACAGCUUCGACUCUAGCAGAAAAUUUCCUCUCUGUAACAAAAGGACAAAUGGAAAACAUACAGUCAGUGAUCAGCAAGACAUAUUCUGACAAAGUUGAGAAAAAUCGUAAGACUUUGUUGUCAAUACUUGAUGUUGUUAUCAAUCUUGGGCAAAGAAAUGUUGCAUUCCGUGGCAACUGGAAAGGUGACAGUGAAGAUGGCAAUUUCAUUCACUUCAUUCAAUGGAAAUCUCAUUUUGAUGAUGUACUGAGCCAACACCUGGAGACUGCACCUGGCAAUGCAAAGUACUUGUCACCAAUUAUUCAGAAUGAGAUGAUUUCCUGUUGUGGUGAUGAAAUCAGAGAUUUUAUUGUUCGAAGAAUUCAGAAAUCAAAGUACUUCUCUGUAUUGGCUGAUGAGACAGCUGAUAUUAGUGGCACGGAGCAGUUGUCAAUCUGCAUUCGUUAUGUAUCUGAAUCUGAUAAUUUUGAGAUACACGAGGAUUUUCUUGGAUUCUGUCCACUUCUUAAGCAGGAUUCUGAAUCCAUCACAAAAGCCAUCAUUGAACAGUUAUCCAAAUGGGGGCUUCAUGUCUCUUUACUGCGUGGCCAAGGGUAUGAUGGUGCCAGCAACAUGAGUGGAAGGCUGAGUGGAGUUCAGAAGAGAAUCCAAGAGGUUCAACCACGAGCCCUUUAUACUCAUUGCCGUAGUCAUGCCUUGAAUCUCGUUGUGGUCCAUGGAUGUACAGAUGUCCCAAUAGUGAGGAACACUAUGACCUUAAUUGAGAAGGUGGCUGUGUUUUUCUCAGCAGGCACCAGGAAACACAAGCUGCAAGACAUUUUGCAAGAACAGGGAAGUGAUGAUGGACCCAGAGGAAUCCCACUGAUGUCUGAUACUAGAUGGGGGUCCAGGAUAAAAACAGUGAGUGCCUUUAUAUCCAAGCUUGAGCCAACUCACAGUGCACUGCAAGAAAUUGAAAGUGACUGCACCCAUAACUCUGAAAAAGCCAGCAGGUUGCGCAACUCAAUUGAAUCCUUUGACACGAUCAUCACAUCAGUUGUAACCCAAAAUGUUCUGGGAUAUAUAUGGCCACUGACCCUUAAACUGCAGUCACCAAAUGUAGACCUUUCAAGUGCCUACAAAGAAGGAAGACAAGUGGCAGAAGUCAUUGAGAGCCUUCGCAAUGAUGAGGAAAGAUUCUGCAAAAUAUAUCAACAAGCAGUGCAGCUGGCAAACGCCAUUGAUGUUACACCUGUGAAGAAAAGAAUAGUGGUGAAACAGCAACACAGGGGCAAUGUACCUGCCCAAUCAAUUGCAGAGCAUUACAGGUUGAAUUUAUUCAUUCCCUUCAUCGAUCAUGUUACAAACGAAUUGAGAACCCGGCUUGCAGAGUCCACUGAACCAGCCCUGCUUGCAGCCUACUUAGUGCCCGAGGCUUUGCCACAGCUCAGUGAGGAAAGAGAGAACCGUCUGUUGGCAUGGUAUAAAGAGGACUUGCCUUAUCCUGACACUGCAGAGCAGGAAAUACACAGAUGGAAGCAUCAAUUCCAGAAUCACACUGGGCCUCUCCCUGCUACUGCAAUGGAAACAUUGCAGAAUGGAAUUUUGGAGUUUUACCCAAAUGUUAAGUGCAUGCUUUUGCUUUUCUUGACAUUGCCAGUCACCACUUGCUCAUGUGAAAGGUCUUUUUCUGCAUUACGUCGACUCAAAACAUGGCUUCGCUCUACCAUGGGUGAUGAGAGGCUAUCUAGUCUAGCUCUCAUGCAUGUCCACCAGAACAUUGAAAUUGACCCCCAUCGAGUGCUCCAGAGAUGGGAUGCUUCUGGCCACAGGAGAAUUGUUACUUGCUUUGACAAGAGUUAAUGAUGUGAACACUGAAUGGAUGGAUUGAUCUCCACCACAAGACAAGAGGCCAGAUUAUUCUCUCUCUUAUUCUCACACACAUAGACACACAACUACAGACACAUGCAUAUACUGUACAAAUUUUACAAUCUCACACACUUUGCCUUUAUUAAAACAUACCUUUCACAGAGGCAUACACACACAGAAUAGGUUGGUUGCAAGUCAUCAGUUCACACUCUCUCUAGGCCUACUGUAUGUCUCUCCACAUACACCCACAAAUGGCCUAAUACACACACACACACACACACACACACACACACACACACACACACACACACACACACACUCACUCUCUUUCUAAAACACACAAACACACACAGACACAUUGAUAUAUGCCAAGCCAACACUUUAAGGGUUCAUAUUAAAAGAAUACAGCAGUUGUUGGCUUUCUAUUGCCAUGUGUUAUGUUAGUUACAAUGUAAAUAUGGCUGUAAAUAUUAGGUAGCUGAGUAACACAGUCAGUUAUGGUGCCAUUGUUACACAAGUUUAGAAUUGUGAAAAUAAAUGUGUCUUCCAAAUCUAUGGUAUUUUUUUG